CUCCCUCCUCUCCCUUCCCACCUCCAUUACUUCCACGCCCUCUCCCCCCUCAGCUCUCAGCCGACCUCUCGCUGCUCUCAGUGCUUCCCAGCCAGCCUCCUUGUGACCUCUUGUAUCGCUUCCUACCCACACCUUCCACAACCCCAACAUCGCCAAUGUCGACCAACCCCGUUUUCGCCAUCGCCCAAGCCAAGCACGACGUGCUUAUGUCGCAGAUGCCUCAUCCUGCUACUGGCGCCGUGAUGCCGCACCAGGUCCCCGCCCAGGCCCGUCUCAUCGCCCUCGACUCCGUCGUCCACGCUCCGUCCCUCCACUUGGCCGCCCCGCAUCCGGCGCUGGCCGAGAUGCAGCCUAGGGCGCACGCCCCUGUGCAUGCGCGGAGGUACGUGGAGGUGGCGAAGACGGAGGCCUUCCACGAGGUCCUCGCCACGGCUGCUCACCACCGCCUCGACCUCGCCGAGAAGCCCAUCGCGACCCCCUUCGAGGUAUCCCUUGCGAGCAAGAAGACCUUCUACAGGCGCCUCUUUGGCAUGUAGGAGAGCCGGAGGGAGAGGAUCAAGGAAGGCACGCCGGGAGUACAAGAGGCCGGAGAUAUCACCCGUGGCACUUCUCCCCUGCCUGCCCCGAGACCUGCUGAUGUGUAUGCCGAGGAUGAUUUUGUUUGAUGUCAAUAAAGAUGGUUUUAUAUGAGC